GUUGCGUUUCAUGGACCCCCAUCACUUGUUGUAAAUAUAAAUAAGCCCAACUCUUCUUUGCUUGACACUCUAUCACAAAUCAAUCAUUAUGUCUGGAAUUAAGGAAGCUGUAUUCUCCAAGAAGGCCGCACCCAUUGGUGCCCCCUACUCUCAAGCCAUUAAGUACAAUGGUAUGAUCUUCUGCUCUGGCACCACUCCCGUCAACCCUCAAGGUGAGCUUGUUGGUGUCAAGGAGAAGGAUGUCCAAGCUCAGACCCACCAAGUCCUCAAGAACAUCAGCGGUCUUUUGGAAGACUGCGGUUCCUCCAUGGAGAAGGUCCUUAAGGUCAACGUCUUCAUCAAGGACAUGAACGACUUCAAGGCUAUCAACGAUGUCUAUGCCACCUACUUCCCUGACCCCAAGCCUUGCCGCACCUGCGUUGAGGUUGCUCGUCUUCCUCUUGACGUCCUUGUUGAGAUCGAGGUCACUGCUGCCCAGUAAAUCAUCCAACCACUGGAGCCUUCACCACCACUACCCCAAAAAUUCCUC